CAAGCUCACUUCCUCUAAUGAGGGUCUCGCCCUGCUUUUUUCUCAAAUAAUGGUGGCUAAAAAGGUCUGUAAUCGAGCUUGGAGUUUUGAGGGUGUUUUGGGCUUGAAGAAAAUGCAGGAGUUCCUACUAUCGAACACCCAGGUCGACUUGGAGACCCUGGACUUAGAGAUAUUCAAGCUUGAUCAGGAGGCUCGCAAGUUUCUCAACUCCUUGGGAAUUUGUGCACUCUUGUUUCAUUCAUCUUCUUCCCCUCCUUUUUGGGUGCCCAUUUACUAUGUUGGCCGAUGUCCAGUUGAUUUGAAUGAAAAGGCUAUCGACAGUUGUUUGGGUGCAGAAAUACUUAGGCUUAAGGUUCCAGGCAGGAGAAGGACUCGACUUCAUUGGAUGGUGGGGAGAGAUAAGAUAUUUAGGAGAUGUGUUCCCUCCUUUGUUCACUGUGUGCAAGCGCGGAGCAUGGACUUAAAUAACUAGGCGAGAGAUGGGCUUGACUACCCUAGGUGGUGAGAAGAGAUGUGACACUUAAGAGAGGUGUUCCCUCCUUUGUUUGUCAGGUAUGAGCUCGAAAUAUCGAGUUAAGUAACUAGAAGAGAGAUGGCCUGACCGUGCUGGGUGGCUCCCACAAUUUUUGUGCGGUAGUAAACAUUUGACAGCAAGAAAUGAAAUGUGAAGGUGAGUCAUGAAAUGUAAAACAAUUCUG